AUGCAAAAAAAAUUUAACUAGUUUGGUAUUGAGAGUAAGGAUAGUACAAUGAAUCUUUUUCGAGUUAGACCUUAAUACCUAACUCAUGUGUCUCCAGUAGCCGUUGAAGCAGCUCAUCAAAAUUUCUUUAGUGGAUCAAAGGAACUUUUAGAUAAAAUCCCAGAUCAUGAAAAGGGGCCAAGAUAAGAUUCAAAAGGGAAUAUCGUUAAAUAUACAGUUGUUGGGAGUGUGUAAUAAUUCUUGGCUGAAAAAUCAAGAAGCUAAUCGUAAAAUAGAAAACCUGCCUAAAUAAGAAUUACUGCAAAUUCGCAAGCUACACCUUCUACCCAAUAACAAAAUGAUCAAACAGAAAGAGUAAUUUUCAGCUCUAAAGCUAUAGAAUAAUCGAGUAAGGAUAUUUAAUAAAAAAAAACAAAAGUUAAAACUAGAGACUUUUAAGAAGUAAUCUUGAAUGAGGAUCAAGUUUAAGAUCACAUUUAUUAGAUCUAGCAGAGGAUUGAGAGAAAUAGGAUGGAGAACGAAAAAAAAACUAGAUAAUUGCAAAGUAGAAUGUCCAAAGGAGAAUCUUUAAAAAUGAGCAAAUGUGAAAGAGUGAUUGAAACAUUUGAUUAGGUUUAACAGGAUUGGGACUUGACAAAAAUAAAAAUUGAAUCAAAAAUAUAAAGAUUACCAGGUCAAUCUCUUCUGGAUCGAAUUGAAUAGCAUAGGAUGAAGGAAGAAAUGAAAAGAAUACUUGAUGCUUUGAAACCAAUUGAAGAAAAAUAGGGCAAUGAAUUUUGGCGUCUCGGAUUAAGAAAAAAUGACUCGAAUAUAAAACCUAAGACCUUUGUGGAAUUAUUUGAAAAAAACUAUUAGAUCUAUGGCAAUCCUAAAUCUCCCUAAAUAGAAAUUGUUAGAAGAUCUUCUUUAAGUUAGCUUGAUUUUAAGCCAUUUAGCACAUUCACCUCUCAAUCUGCUCUAAAUAAAAAGCUUUCUGAAAAUUCUGAUCUUAUUAUGAAAUUAAUACCAACCGUUCCUGACGAUAUUGGAAAUCUCGAAGUUGUUGGAAAAAAUGUACUUGAAUAAGAGAUUGUUUAAUUACGAUCUCAAUCUCAUAAAAAUUCGUUCCCUUACGUAAGGUUUAGCAGCAAUUCUAAUUACGAGAAAUACAUCAUGAAAGUUCCAACAAAACCAGAAACAUAAUAAGAUGAAGAAAUCAUAGAAGAAAAUUAUGAUAGAAAGCGUCUAAUGUCAUAAGGAAAACUCUCUGAGGUCAAAGGGUAUUUCUGA